AUUCAGAUUAUCAUCAUCAUCAACAACAACAACAAACUUAUUUGUAGAAAUUAGGUUGUUGAUGUGCUAUUUUAAUUGGUAUGUUAAACUUGGUGCCAAUUUAGAAUUAAAACCGAUUCAAUAUAGAAUUUACAUAAAUAAAAAGAAAGGACAGUGUGAUUGUAGAAAAGAUGGGGCCUGUUCCCCAGCCAGAGGAAGAUAGGGAUCACCCUUCUCAUAAUGAGCAUGAAAUUGAAGAUGCUGAGCAUCCAGCUGUGGUGAUAAAUGUGGACAUAUCAGACAGUGAUGAAGAAGAUGAUGAUGAUAAUGAUGAUGGAUAUGGUGGUUACAUUGGUUACCAAGCUCUAUCACAAGAUGGUGGUCAAGCAGGACUAGACAUUAGCUCAGAAUCAGAGCAAGAAGAAGACUCUGAGACAGAAGAAGAUAUACAUUCAUCUCCUGGUAACAAUGGUUCAGCUGUGAUAGAGAAUAUAGAGGAAGAUAUGGAGUGUCAUGUACCAGAGGGGUUAGUUCACCAAGUGAGACAUCCAGACUACCCAAAUACAUCAAAUUUACCUGGAUAUAUGCAGGUCCCCGAGUUACCUAGACCAGACAGAAAAGAUAUGUUAUGGAACCAGGAUAGACAAUCUGAUCAUUCAAAAGAUACAGAUGAUACAGAUAAGAUCAAGUCAGUGAUGUCAAACAUCAAACUCCCCUCCUCAAACAUUCCAGACUGGGCUAAGGCACUCUCAGAUGACCAAUGGCAGGUACAGGUGGUUAAUAAGCUCAAAGUUAAAACCAGUCAAAAAAAUAACUCAGAAGUAAAUAAAGGAACCAGUCAGAUUCAAGAUAAAAGUGAAUCAUAAUAUAGUGUAAGAGGACAUUUAGCUACAGACAGUAAAGUGAACAAGAGUGUAAGAAGUAUAUAUACAACAGUAACCUUUACAUGUACUGGUAUAAUUCCUUGAGUAUCAUUUAUGUAAACAGAGGGUCAUGCCUUGAGAUACUAUGUAAUAUUGUUGCUUUUAUUAUUACUGCAUGACUAUAAAUAGAUUGUUUUGUCAAUAAUAUUUUAAAGCUACUUGCUUCGUUUUUAGGUAAUUUAUUUUAAAUAUGAGCAAUGUAUAAUUAUUAAAACAUAUUUAACCUUAAAAGUGAUAAACUUAGAUGUAUAUAAAGACUGGUUGAAUUUUACAGAAAAUUAAGGGGAGAAAAAAAUCGUUAGAUUUUACGAGUUGCUGAAAACAACAUUACUUGUUACAGUCAGGGUUUCCGGACAUAUCACUAUCGGUAUAAUUGACAGUUCCAUUGCUGAUAUUCAGCUUAGAAUUCAUGAAAUUAUGGUCACUCUAUGUGUUAUACUUCUCUUUCUCUGCAAAUGCAGUCAAAUAACUAAAUAUGUUUGUUGUAAAACAUAUACAUUGGUGUAAGAUUUGAGCACAUUGAAAACCUUUCUUACUUUAGAUAAAAAUAUAUUUUAUUUUAAUUUCCUUUUGUAGCUGUUAGUCACAUUCAUACAGUGUCUUUGGUUUAUUUAUCCCUACAUCAAAGGCAAAGGUGAUAUUAGAAAUGUUUUCUGUCUGUGCAUCAGUGGAAUUGUCCAGAGCAUAACUACAAAAGUACUUGAGUGAUUUUUUUUCAAACUUCAAACACUAACAGAGCAUAACUCUGCCUUGCCUUCUUUUAGAGUUAUUCCUCUUUAUCAGAUUCACUUGGAAAAAAAUUCCUGAGCAAAACUCUAAAUGUACUUCAAAGAUUUUCUUCAAAUUUAAUACACUGACAUAAAUAAAAAAAUUAGAUUAAUCUUACUAGUAAAAUACCUUACUAGUGAUGCUAACCUCUUCAUUAUCUUAUUCUUUUCCCAUAUCUUGAAAACUGUACUUAAAUGUUAAGAUAAAAACUUAGUUAUUACAUGAAUUGCAAUGGUACAUAUUACCUGUAUUUUGCAUAAGCUUAUGUGUCUAUAAUUCUUAUAUUUGUUACACAGGGAAAUUUAUCUUAUUACCAUCCAU